CAGCAAGCACACACCUCCAUUUUUGCCCAUGAUACCGAUAGCAAAGACCACAGUCCACACACUUUAAUAUCCCCUGCCUGCAGAACGAAGCACGACGCGCCUCCAAUUCAGUUUUUUUUGGAUGUUCUCCUCAAAAUCAAGUACCGCGUGUUAAUUCCCAAAAAUAAUUCGACCCAGUCAUCAUCACAACCUACGCGACCCGCUCCCGAUGGAGCGCAGAAACACGUCAAUGGCGCCGCCAUCUCGGCUGGGUCCCGGGCGCCCGAGCCUCCGCCCUGGAGUACGAACUACAGCAGCGAGCUCGUCGAGGAUAGGAGCCGGGCGCCACGCGCCAACUUCGCGGCUGGCGCGAGCGGCAUCACCAGCGGACUCGCUCAUGUCGGUAGCAACAUCGGCCACGACAGGUGCGAAGCGCAAGGAGCGCGACUUUGACCCCGACGACGGCGAGGCUACGAACAUCAAUGUCGUCGUGAGGUGUCGCGGGAGGAACGAUCGGGAAGUUAAAGAGAACAGCGCUGUGGUGGUGCGGACAGAGGCGACCAAAGGGAAACUGAUCCAGCUUUCGAUGGGGCCAAACUCGGUCAGCGACAAGACAUACAACUUUGACCGUGCCUUUUCGCAAGCCGCAGACCAGAACAUGGUUUUUGAGGAAGUGGUUAAGCCGGUCCUGGACGAGAUGCUCUCGGGCUACAACUGCACCAUCUUUGCCUACGGCCAAACCGGCACCGGCAAAACAUACACAAUGUCCGGCGACCUGACCGAGACCAUGGGUAUGCUGUCCGAUAACGCCGGCAUCAUCCCUCGGGUGCUCCAAGCCCUGUUCAAGAAGCUAGAGCUUGACGAGCAAGAAAACUCGGUCCGGUGCUCUUUCAUCGAACUGUACAACGAGGAGCUGCGGGACCUCCUUUCAUCUGACGACAGCGCGAAGCUCAAGAUCUACGACGAUACAUCACGAAAGGGGCACUCCACGACAAUGGUGCAAGGAAUGGAGGAGAGGUACAUUCUGAACGCCGGUGACGGCCUCAAAUGGCUCCGAGAAGGCAGCAUCAAGAGGCAGGUAGCAGCCACGAAGUGCAACGACCUGAGCAGCAGAAGUCACACAGUCUUUACGAUAACGGUCUACGCGAAACAAAAGACAGAGAACGGGGAGGACUUUCUCAUGUUGGGCAAGCUGAAUUUGGUCGAUCUGGCUGGCAGCGAAAACAUUCAGCGGUCGGGGGCGGAAAACAAGCGCGCGGCCGAGGCAGGGCUGAUCAACAAGAGCUUGCUCACCCUCGGACGGGUCAUCAAUGCCUUGGUUGACCGCAGCCCUCACAUUCCGUACCGAGAGUCAAAGCUCACUCGUCUGCUGCAAGAUUCGCUAGGCGGCCGGACAAAAACAUGCAUUAUCGCGACGAUAUCCCCAGCGAAGAGCAACCUCGAAGAGACCAUUUCAACACUAGACUACGCCUUCCGGGCCAAGAACAUCCGCAACAAGCCGCAGCUGAACGCGCUCACUAACAAGAAGACGCUUCUGCGAGAUUUCACCAUCGAGAUCGAGCGGCUGAAAGCCGAACUAAUUGCGACACGUCAGCGGAACGGCGUCUACCUGUCCAACGACAUGUACGAGGAACUGACAGUGCAAAACGAAUCACGUCGCAUCUUGACGGAGGAGCAGGGCGCCAAAAUCGAGACGCUCGAGACAAACCUGAAGAACAAACUGCAGGAGCUCUUGUCGGUAACGUCAAACUUUAUGGGGCUCAAAAAGGACCACGAAGCGACAGUGGCUCAAUUUGACGAGGCGAAGGAGGUGCUCGAGCAGACCGAGAUAGUGCUCGCUGCCACCAAGAAGGCACUCACCGAAGAAACACACCUCCGCAAAGCCCACCAGGAGACGGAAGAGCAGCUGGCGCUCCUCGGGGGCGACCUGCUCAGCACGCUGGAAAGGACGGUCGGCGACAUCAGCAGCCUGCGGGCUAAGAACAGGCGCAAGUCGGACCUGCACAACCUCAACCGGAGCACGUGGAACAUGUCGCAAGCGCACGUCGCCGAUAUCACCGAGCUCGUGGAGGGCCGCAUCGAGGAGUUCCGGCAGGGUCAGGAGGACCAUAUCUCUCACGUCUCACAGCGAAUGCAGCUUUUUGUUAAGAACGAGCUGGAAAAGCUCUCGUCAACCCAGACCUUCCUCGACGAGAACCUGACCCAAUUUGCUGAGUCAAGGACACAGCUCGCCGCGCAGCAGGAGCGGUCAAAGGAGGAAAUGGACACGGUGCUGGAAGAAAUCCAGGUUGUUCGGGACAACGUGAAACAGCGCGUGGGUGAGAGUCUCCAGGCCAUUGCCGCGGCGGCCGAGCGAAUCGCUGGGGACGUGCUGAGCGAGCUGGGCACGUUUCACAGCCAGCUACACACGUCAUACAGCUCCUUGGGGAAGGACUGCAAGUCGGUCUUUGAGGAACUGCUGCGGCACAUACGCGCGCAGAAGGCCGAGUCUGACAGGCUCAAACAUGAGCUGGAGGAGGCGAGCCACGCCAUCGUCGAGUCGAACGAAUCGGUCUCGACGAGGAUACAAGAGGUCUUGGACGAAGAACGGACACAAGCGGCAGCGGAGCGGCAGACCCUUCUUUCGCAAAUGACGAGACUCAUCAACUCACAAGCCGAACUUCAAGAGUCUCGCCUGGCCGACAAGGCAGCUCUCAUACAGGACACCAUUGCGGAUUCCAACAAGACGUUUGAGGGCAGCAUUGCCGAAUACUCUACGGGCAUGAACGCGUGGAGCGAGCGAGACAACAAGGUGCUCGAGGAGGUAACCAGCUCUAGGGACGCGCUGAAGAACAGGCUCAAGGACGACUGGACAGUCGCGAGCAAGCACAGCAACUCGAUCCAAACCACCACCAAGUCGGUCCACGCCGAGACGGUGAGGGUGGUCGAGGAGCAAAUACAAGACCUCGACGUGCAGAUGCAAGACCUCGACGACUUUGUAUCGCGGGCCAAGUCGCACAAUGCGAAUCACCACCAACGGCACGCCGAGUCGGUGCAGGGCCUAAAUAAAACGGUGGAGCAGUCGUUCAACAACAUAUCCGGCCAUUUCAAGGAAACGUUUGGCAGGGUGCAGACCCUCGGCGAGGAGAUGAAGGCCGAUGCGGAGACACUCGAAAACGCGCUCGAGCCGCUCGACGAAAACGUCUGCCAGCCCCUGUCGGAGCUCAGAGACAACGUCCAAAACACGGAGCUAGCCGAGUACGAGCCGACAGGUGAGAGCCCCGAAAAGGUCAAGUACGACUACCCCACCGAGCUGCCCCGCACCGCCGCCCACGAGCUGCUCCUCGCCGCCAUGCGCGAGUCGCCCAGCCCGACCAGGCCGAGCCCCAUCGUCCUGCCAGACAUCAACCUCACACCCGUGCGAUCCCCCUCCCGCCCGACCAGCUCCGGCAGCCACCACUCGGAGGGCCUGCGCGAGCUCAACCCCAACCUGGCGUCGGCGGGCGGCGCCGCCGCCGCCGCCGCGGGGGGCGCCAUCAUGUUCGAUCCCGCGUCCAACAUGCUAUCGCCGACGGCGGCCGGCGUCGACGCGGCCACGCCGCUGCCGCUGCUGAAGCCGACUACCAACACCAGGGCCAGGGCGUCCCGGCUGGCGAAGCGCGUCGGCGGCAUGGGCGCCGUGGCUGAGGGCGCCGAGAACGUCCCGCCGCCGGCGAUGCGGGGCUCCGCUAGGAGGAAGAGUCCGCGGUUGCGUUAGGCUGGGGUUGGGGGUUGAUGGUCUCAGGGGUUGAUGGUCAUGGUCUUCAGGGUUGGUGGUUAGCGGUGGAGUCAAUCUUUUAUGCUGGGGUUUAUUUUGUCUGGUGGGAGUUGGCGUUCUUUUGAACUGUGAUGGAAGAAAGGUGGU